AGCCCUGACCACAGGUCCUUCCCGAGGGGUCCCAAAGCCUCCAGCCCUGCUCCUCCCCCCGGGUGUGCCAGACCCGCCCCCGCGCCUCCAGACGCCGUCUUGCCUGGUUGGGGUCUGUAGCGCGGAAAACGUGGCAGGCCAUCUGCGACUCGGGGUCGUCUGGCUGCGCCUUGAUCAGUUUCUCAAACAAUUAGGUCUACAUCCUAACUGGCAGUUUGUUGAUGUAUAUGGAAUGGAUCCUGAACUUCUUAGCAUGGUACCAAGACCAGUGUGUGCAGUGUUACUUCUCUUCCCUAUUACAGAAAAGUAUGAAGUAUUCAGAACGGAGGAGGAGGAAAAAAUAAAGUCUCAGGGACAAGAUGUUACGUCAUCAGUAUAUUUCAUGAAGCAAACAAUCAGCAAUGCCUGCGGAACAAUUGGACUCAUCCAUGCUAUUGCCAACAAUAAAGACAAGAUGCACUUUGAAUCUGGAUCAACCUUGAAAAAAUUCCUAGAGGAGUCUGUGUCAAUGAGCCCUGAAGAACGAGCCAGAUACCUAGAGAACUAUGACGCUAUCCGAGUCACUCAUGAGACCAGUGCCCAUGAAGGUCAGACUGAGUCCUCCUCGCCAUCCUCAUCACAGCCUCAUUCUAGCCACUGCAGAACGAAGGCCUCAUCAUUGUGUCACCAUGCAUCCCUGCCCUGGGUCAAACGUAACCAUGUAGGCCCUGCAAAGGCUACCAGUCCAUCUCUCCGUCUUCGUCGCUGGCGACCCUUCUUACGCCUACCAUCUAUGGGUCUCCAUUCUGUUGCACCAAGUAUAGAUGAAAAAGUAGAUCUUCAUUUUAUUGCAUUAGUUCAUGUAGAUGGGCAUCUCUAUGAAUUAGAUGGACGGAAACCAUUUCCAAUUAACCAUGGGGAAACUAGUGAUGAAACUUUAUUAGAGGAUGCCAUAGAAGUUUGCAAGAAGUUUAUGGAACGUGACCCUGAUGAAUUGAGGUUCAAUGCAAUUGCUCUAUCUGCAGCAUAGCUUGUCAGUAAUGGAAACACCAAAUACUGUAUUAUUUGCAACAAAAAUUAAGUUUCUGCUGCCAUACACUAACUGAGAAAUUUUGAUAUUUUCAUUAACUUGAGUGAUUAAACUUUAUGUGAAUUAAACUUUGA